GACCCGGAACCGUACCCGACCCAUUAUGUAUAAAAGAGGCUCCACAUUCCGUCCCGCCGACUGUUACUAUCCCCGUAUUUAAGACAUGCAACUAAAACCCUAAAAAAAACCAACUCUUAAACCCCAAACCUCUCUCCUGGGAGAAGUUUUUUUCACGGAGAACCAUUUUAAGAACCUCAGGAAAGAGAGAAUUUAAGAGAAUAAUCCGAAGGAGAAUUUGAACAACUCUGCAAGAGUACUUGAUUUUGCUGUAUUCAAGUUUCUGGAUGGCGGUUGACGGGAGCUUUUCUCUCGAAUCGGAGCUGCGGAGGUUUCUCCACAGGUGCCCGAAGCUCAAUUCGGUCCCCUGUUUGGAUAAUUUGUUGAAGAAGGGGGACAGAAUCACAGAAGAAGAGGUGGUGCUAGCUGUUGGGCAAUUGGUUUUGCACCCAAAUUACACAAUCCCUUUGUUGGGAUGCUUUAGGCCUAUAGCACAGAGAAUUGUGGAGAAGACAGUGGGGUUGCUUCAUAUGGUGCCGAAUUUGCGGGCAGACAGUGAUGAUUAUAUGGAAGAAUUCGACGAAGAAGGGUUUCUUAGAGAGGAUGAAAGUGUAGAUUGUGCAGAAAUAGUUAGUAUUAUUGAUGUUUAUGUCGUAAGGGGGAAGUGCUUGCGUCUUCACGAGCUCGCAUGUCUGGCCUUUUGCCGAGCUCUUGAUUUGAUUCCUUUCCUGUUGGGGGAUAUUUUAAAUUAUUUUAAAGCUGCUCCUGCUCCAUUCGAAAGAAUUAAGCAGUGCACAUCAGUUUCAAAUGCAUUAGCUACGGGACCAAGUCAAUUGUUAGAUGUUGCCCGAGCAUCUUACCGUUUUCUCAUAUUGGAGCCGGAGGUUUUCACGACGUUGUGGGAUUGGUCGUGUAUCUUGGAGAUUGUAAAGCAGCCCGCGGUAAAUGAUGCUGUUUCAAGAAAUAUUAUAUCGGACCUGAGGUGGUGCAGCAUCGGUAUUUUGAAGGUGGUUUUGAGGUUAAAUUUUACAGCAUCUGCAAACCUUGGUCUUGAACCUGCAAACCGUGGUCUUGACUCUGAAGAAGCUCUUCAAAGUUAUCUUCGCUGGCAAGAAUUUUGUAUGGAUGUAUCAUUGGAGAAAGGUGGUUGGUAUCUUGAGUCGUCUACCGAAGAAGUUGAGGCAGUGGUAGGAAGAAAUGCCAAUCGGAGAGAUGGUGGUUCUUUGUUCAGAUGCUCUUCAAUGCCUAAUGAGAUAAACCCAUCAAAUCAGAUUGGCAUGUCGGUUACCGGAAAACCUGCGACUCCUUUUAUUUUGACGUCUGCUAUGACACAAAGUUUUGAAAUGGCCUCUUUGGCUGUGAAUCAGAGGUGGCCUGUGCUUCUUUAUGGUCCUCCUGGUUGUGGUAAAACUGCACUUACUAAGAAGUUGGCCCAUGGUUAUGGUAGUAGAGUUUUAUCCAUUCACAUGGACGAUCAGAUUGAUGGAAAAACACUGCUUGGAAGUUAUGUCUGCACUGAUCAACCUGGUGAAUUUAGAUGGCAACCUGGUUCUCUUACUCAGGCUGUUCUUAAUGGUUUUUGGGUUGUCUUUGAGGAUGUGGAUAAAGCACCACCUGACAUUCUAUCAAUCUUAUUGCCAUUAUUAGAAGGUUCAGUUACUUUCUCAACUGGCCAUGGCGAGGCAGUGAGAGUGAACAAGAAUUUUAGGUUAUUUUCCACCGUGACAAGCUCAAAUCCAGACGCAUCUCGGUUUAUUGAAGGUAGGAAUUCACUUGGUGCUGUUUGGCGGAAGGUAAUGAUCGGCCCACCUAGUAAACAAGACUUAAUACAAAUUGUGCUGAAGUGGUACCCAGACUUGGAGGAUCUGGCACAAAAACUCACAGAAACCUUUGAAAGUGUGAACGAACUUGCGAGAUCCCAGUUGGGAUUCAUAGCUUCAUCCAGUUAUAGUGACAGAUUCACACUAAGAGACCUGCUUAAGUUGUGCAAAAGAGUCGCAAGUCUGGGCUCUUUGUCUGGACAGGAGUUAUGCGAGAGUAUCUGUAAAGAGGCUAUAGAUGUGUUUGCAUCCUUCUCCACUUCAGUUGGAAAUCGGUUGGCUAUCAUGGAAAAGAUUGCUAAGUUGUGGAUGGUUGUGGCCGCUAAAAUUUUGUAUCCUGUCAACAAGCCAAUUAUCAAGGAGUUGAAGUUUGAGUUUCAAGUUGGACGGGCUAGGCUUCAACAUGCUGAAAAAGCUUUCAACCGCGACAGGAAGCCCUUUGUUGAGCUACGUGCUUCUAUACAUGCUCUUGAGAGGAUUGUUUGCUCUGUCAAAUUUAAUGAGCCUGUGCUAUUAGUUGGUGAGACGGGUACUGGGAAGACUACUCUUGUACAGACUCUUGCCACGCGGCUCGGUCAGAAACUUACAGUUAUGAAUUUAAGUCAGCAGAGUGAUGUUGCUGAUCUCUUAGGGGGAUUCAAACCUAUGGAUGCACGACCUAUAUGUCUUCCACUUUAUCAGGAGUUUGAUAAUCUAUUUACUAAUUCGUUUCCGUCCAGGGCCAAUGAAGGUUUCAUUAUUCAUAUGAGGGAAUGGUUACAAAAGAAGAAGUGGAAUAUGUUGUUAAAUGGAUUUGCUGAAGGUGUCAAAAAGAUUGUUGAAAUUGGAAAAUCAAGUUCUGGCAAUAAAAGGAAGAGACCGUUAAGUGAAAAGCUACUAAGGGAUUGGGAAAUUUUUUCGAAUAAACUUGAAAGAGCUCAUGCCCAAGUUAGCGCAUCAAAUGGAAUGGUAUUUUCUUUUGUCGAGGGAGCUUUUGUUACUGCCUUGAAAAAUGGUGAAUGGAUAUUGCUAGAUGAAGUAAAUUUGGCUCCUCCAGAGAUCUUGCAGCGGGUUGUUGGGGUCCUUGAAGAUGAGAAAGGCUCGCUAUGCUUGGCUGAAAGAGGUGAUAUAGAUUAUGUUUGCAGGCAUCCCGACUUUCGCAUGUUUGCUUGCAUGAACCCUGCAACUGAUGCUGGUAAAAGAGAGUUGCCAACUUCUUUGAGGAGCAGAUUUACGGAAUACUUUGUUGAUGAUAUGUUGGACGAUGACGACUUGGUUUUGUUUAUUAAUCAGUUCAUGGAUGAAGAUCCUUCAUUAAGAAGGCUACUUAGUGAAAUUGUGAAGUUCUACAAGAAAGCAAAGGAAUCUGAAGAAAAGCUGCAGGAUGGGGCUAACCAGAAACCUCAUUACAGUUUACGUUCUCUUUAUCGGGCUUUAGAAUAUGUAAAGAAGGGUAAAACACGUUUUGGAUUCGAAAAAUCUAUUUAUGAUGGGUUCUGUAUGUUCUUUAUGAAUUCAUUAGAUGACACUAGUGCAAAGUUGAUGAAAAGCUUAAUUUGCGAAAUUUUGCUGGGAGGCAAAACACCUCAACCACUCCCUUAUCAUUCCUACUUAAUGGAUAGAGAUAAGUUCCAAGCUGAUGGUGUUUUGGGGAGCUAUGUCUUAACAGAGAGUGUCGAGGAGCAUCUUAGGAACCUUGCACAAGCAAUUUUUAUCCAAAGAUAUCCUGUCUUGUUGCAGGGACCCACUUCUAGUGGAAAGACAAGCCUUGUUUGGUUUCUAGCUGCAAAAACUGGUCGUGAGUUUGUAAGAAUUAAUAAUCAUGAACAUACUGAUCUCCAGGAAUACCUUGGUUCUUAUAUCACUGACACAAGUGGAAAGCUCGUUUUCCAUGAGGGGGCACUCGUGAAAGCUGUUCGCAAAGGUCAUUGGAUUGUUCUUGAUGAACUUAACUUGGCUCCCUCAGACGUACUUGAAGCAUUGAACCGAUUGCUAGAUGAUAAUAGGGAACUAUUCGUUCCUGAACUGCAGGAAUCUAUUCGUGCUCAUCCAAAUUUUAUGUUAUUUGCAACCCAAAAUCCACCUCUUGCGUAUGCGGGCCGCAAAGUACUGUCUCGAGCAUUUCGUAAUCGUUUUGUAGAGAUCCAUGUUGAAGAGAUUCCACUAGGGGAGUUGAGCACAAUUUUGGAGAAGAGGUGCAAAAUUCCUAAAAGCUAUGCGGGACAAAUGGUUGAUGUCAUGAAGGAGUUGCAAUCGCACAGGCAAAGUAGUAAAAUAUUUGCUGGAAAACAUGGAUUCAUAACCCCACGUGACUUGUUUCGGUGGGCUGAUCGUUUUAGGACAUACGGUGAAGACCUAGCUUAUGAUGGUUAUUACUUAAUGGCUGAAAGGUUGCGUGAUGAUGCUGAGAAAGCGGUUGUUAAAGAUGUUUUGAAGAGGAAGCUAAGUAUCAAACUUUCUGAUGAUAACAUGUACAAACAGGAUGGGAAAGAUGUAGAUAGCACUUUGAAGACCAGCAAAUUCUCUGUGGAUCCUGAAAACAUUGAGAAAAUUAUUUGGACAAAAAGUCUUUGGAGAAUGUACUUUCUGGUCGAGCGGUGUUAUAAGAUGCGUGAGCCUGUCCUGCUUGUUGGAGAAACUGGUGGAGGGAAAACCACUGUUUGUCAAUUGCUUAGUAUAAUGUUGGGUUCCAAGUUACACGUGUUGAAUUGCCAUCAAUACACAGAAACAUCUGAUUUUAUUGGGGGUUUUUAUCCCGUGCGCGAGAGACCACAAAUCAGUUUGGAAUUUCAAAAGCUUUGUGAUAAGUUGGCCCAGUCAGGGGCUUAUCAUCAUUUCCCUGAACAUGCUAAAAUUUUUACGGACAUCCACGAGGCCUCUAAGACUCUUAAGAUGCUCUCUGGGAUAAUCAAGAGUUACAAAGACGGUUCUGUGAUUCAUGCUGAAGUCACUGUCAAUGAAAUUAGUUAUAUAGAAAAAAUAUAUGUGGAUAUGUGUGAGCUACAGCAGAAAUGGCAGACGAUUUUUAUGUGGCAAGAUGGUCCACUUGUUGAAGCAAUGAAGAAAGGUGACAUGUUUCUAGUGGAUGAGAUUUCUUUGGCUGAUGAUAGUGUUCUUGAAAGAUUAAACAGCGUUUUGGAACCAGAACGGAAACUUUCCAUGGCUGAGAAAGGAGGCUCUCACCUUGAGAAUGUAGUUGCUCAUCCGAAUUUCUUCCUCCUAGCCACAAUGAAUCCUGGUGGAGAUUAUGGUAAGAAAGAACUAUCCCCUGCCCUUCGCAAUCGGUUUACGGAGAUAUGGGUUCCUUCUGUUAGUGACACAGAUGAGCUUAAAAGUAUCGCUCAUGAGAGAAUUUUGGAUCCCGAACCUGCUCAUAUUGUGGAUGUCAUGCUGAAAUUUUGGGAGUGGUUCAACCUUUUACAGACAGGGAGACUACUAACUGUGCGAGACCUCUUGUCUUGGGUCUCUUUUAUCAACGUGAGAGAUAGGAGCUUACUGGCUGAAUCUGCACUUGUACAUGGCGCAUUCCUUAUUUUGCUGGAUGGGCUUAGUUUGGGUACAAAUAUAUCAAAAGUUGAAGCUGCAGACCUGAGGGUUAAAUGCUUUUCUUUUCUUCUGGAGACACUCAAGGAGUAUAACACGAGUCUCGAUCUCUCAAGUCUUGGUAAACUGGAGUCUUAUGGUUGGUCAGAUCCUGGAAGCUUGUCAGUUCCAAGUAAUACUACUGAUGACAUGGAGUGUGAUAGUCGUUUCGGAGUGCAUCCAUUUUAUAUCGAAAAAGGUACUGAAUGUAUUGAUGCUCAUGGAUUUGAAUUUCUGGCCCCUACUACUCGUAGGAAUACCUUGAGGGUGCUUCGUGCAAUGCAGCUUAACAAGCCUGUUUUGUUGGAAGGAAGUCCGGGUGUUGGGAAAACAAGUUUGAUUGUUGCCCUUGGUAGGUUCUCCGGACACACAGUUGUGCGGAUUAACUUAUCCGAGCAGACAGACAUAAUGGAUCUGUUGGGGUCAGAUUUGCCAGUUGAAAGUGAGGAAGGAAUACGAUUUGCCUGGUCUGAUGGUAUCUUACUCCAGGCUCUAAAGAAGGGAUCAUGGGUUCUGCUGGAUGAACUUAAUCUUGCACCGCAAUCUGUCUUGGAGGGCUUGAACGCUAUUUUGGACCAUCGAGCUGAAGUUUUCAUUCCUGAGCUGGGGCAAUCUUUCAAGUGCCCGACAUCCUUCAGAGUUUUUGCAUGUCAAAAUCCAUCCUAUCAAGGAGGUGGCCGGAAAGGCCUUCCCAAGUCUUUCCUCAACAGGUUCACUAAGGUCUACGUUGAUGAGCUAGUUGAUGAAGACUAUGUUUCCAUAUGCAGCUCGCUUUAUCCAUCAAUUGAAAGAUCUCUUUUGUUGAACUUGGUCGUGUUCAAUAAAAAGUUACAUCAGGAUACUAUGUUGUAUAAUAAAUUUGGUCAAGAUGGUUCCCCAUGGGAGUUUAAUCUCCGUGACGUGAUCCGUUCUUGCCAAAUUAUCCAAGAUGCCUCCGAAAAGUCAAAAUCUUACUGCUUCCUGAGCUCCAUUUACCUGCAAAGAAUGCGAACGCCAGCUGAUAGGGUAGAAGUUAUGAAGUUGUAUGAACAGAUAUUUGGGCUGGAGCCGUUUGUAGAUCCAUACCCUCGAGUAAAUCUUAAUCCUGAUUCAGUGAUAGUCGGAGAUGUUGCAAUCGAAAGGUCUCUGUGUCAGGCAUCAGGGAUAUCCAGUAAUAACCUUAAAAUUCUUCCUGGCUUACGCCAUUGCUUAGAAGCCAUGGGACAGUGUGUAAAGCAUCAGUGGUUAUGCAUAUUAGUUGGUCCUCCAUCUUCUGGUAAGACCUCACUGGUUAGAUUGCUUUCUGAGCUGACCGGGAAUGUACUGAAUGAAUUAAAUCUUUCAACUGCAACUGAUAUAUCUGAAUUACUUGGAUGCUUUGAACAAUAUAAUGCCUCUCGUCACUAUCAUCUCGCUAUUGCUCGAGUUGAAAGAUAUAUGAAUGAGUACUGCAACUUGCAAUCGGAAUACUCCCCCAAGUCCUUCAUUCGGAGGAAGGAUCUUACUACUCGAUGGCUUGCGUUCCUAUCAAAUAUAAAUAAAUCGGCAACCUUAAUAGAUAGCUCAGGGAUGAGAGAUUCCAUUCCACGGUUAGUUGAAAUAAUUGAACAUCUAAAGCUGGAAGUUGACAAACAAACACUGUCUUUAUCUUGGUCUCAGAUAGAUCUCGACAGCACUCUGAAUAUGAUUAGGAAGUUGGAAGAAGAUCAUCAGAAAAGGCAACACUCUGUCAAGUUUGAAUGGGUUACUGGAGUGCUGAUCAAGGCCAUAGAAAAUGGGGAAUGGAUUAUUUUAGAAAAUGCAAACCUCUGCAACCCAACGGUUCUUGACAGGAUUAACUCGUUGGUCGAGCAAUCUGGAUCUAUUACUCUUAAUGAAUGUGGAACUGUGGAAGGAAACCCAGUGGUUGUUCACCCCCAUCCUAAAUUCAGGAUGUUUUUCACUGUUAAUCCUAGCUAUGGUGAAGUAUCUCGAGCAAUGAGAAACAGAGGGGUUGAAAUAUAUUUGAUGCAGCCUUUAUGGUUGGUAGACAAGAAAAUUGGGAAGAGCCUUGAUGAAAUUGAGCUCAGAGAAGUGAAGAGAUUUAUUGUCCUCUCUGGAAUUCCUGUGGGUAAGUUGGUUCAAAUGAUGGCCAAAGCCCACAUUUAUGCCAAACGUGAAGGAUCACAUUUUGAUGUAAGCAUAACAUAUCUCGAGCUUUCACGGUGGGUGCAGUUAUUUCAGAGGCUCAUUACAGAUGGUAACCGGCCGACUUGGAGCCUCCGAAUUAGUUGGAAGCAUACAUAUCUUUCGUCUCUUGGUGAGGGGAAAGGAAAAGAGAUUGUUUCACAAGCAGCUGGUUUUUAUUUAUCAAUUUCAGAACUUCGUGAAUUCACUUUGUCUGAAGAUUGCCUGCUAUGUUUACCCGGAGGCUGGCCAGCACCCUUGAAGUUAACAGAUUACAUCUCUUACUCAAGAGAGGCUACUGUUAGACAAAAUAUCAUGUAUUUGGAAUCAAUGGGAUCUCAGAUUGCUUCUCGUAUGUAUAGUGAUGCCUUCAACAGAGGUUCAAAGGGAAAACCUUCUCUUAUAGGUGGGUCGAGGAUGAUUCAUCUAAUGGAUGCUACAGUAUUGCACAGACUAAUGUUUCCUCAAGAUUCAGAUGUUAUGCUUGUAAAUUGUGGUGCUCAAAGUGAACUGGAGUUGGUUUUAACCCAGCAGAAGUUAUCAUUCGCUGCUGAUUGGGCAAUUGAACAGGCUACUGAAAGUGAUUUUAGGCUCUACAUCUUGUGGUUUGAGUGGUUUGGUUCUAGGUUGCAGCCAUUCUUUUCAUUUUUCAAUUGGUUUUCAGAUUUACUCAAAAAGGAGCUGCAACAUUCUAUUUGGAAGAGGAUAUUUCAGUUACAGAGUGCGUUUAUGUCUCCAAGUGCAAUUGACAAAGAUUCCUCAUCUCUCCCAAUACUCUCAAUGAAAUUGAUUGAUGUAUACCCAUGUGUUGGCCUAUUGAGACGUAGCCUUCAACAGUGGAGCAAAGAGAAGGGGCACAAUCGUGAUUUUAAAACUCAACCUUUUGAACAUGUUCUAACGUCCUUGCGAAGAUUGGAGGGAAAAGUGCUUGACUUUCUUGUUGAGUCACCUUCUUUUGAUGUACUUUUUAAGUCCUACAGUGAUCUCCUUGACCAUCAUAUACUCUUUUGGAACAGUCUCAUCUCAUCUGAGACCGAAUGUCGGUUGAUCUCUUGGCGCUCUUUAUUGAAGGAUGUUGUGAAACUGCGGGGAACUUUUCCUGUUGAAGUGGAUGAAUUUCAGACUGAUGUUAGAAAAUUGGCUGGUCUUUCAUCUUUGUGUUUGAACUCAAGCAAGUCGUUGCUCUGGAAACAUGGCGGACAUCCAAUUUUGCCUUCAUCUGCCAACUUAUACCAAAAACAGUCCCAACUUUCAAACCUUUGUGAAAUGGUGUGGCCAAGAAAAAGCAAGUUUAUGGAACUAGAUGGGAGUGACUCCGACAAAGUUACAGUAGAUGUUGCACUGUUUUCUGAUGUGAAACUUCGAGUCCAUGCAAUGGAAGGAAUUUGCAUGUCGUAUAUCAUUAACAAAGCUGAUGAUAAUGAUUCUGAAACUACUCAGAGACUGGAAGAAAUGUAUCAGUUGCUUCUGGGAAGGUUGAAUUCUGACAAACAGAUGUUGGUAGUGAAAUCAGCAUCUAGUAAACUUGCAUCUUGGCCAUCACUCUGUGCCGAAUGCUGUGUCUUUACUCCUGAUGUAUUGUAUAGAAGGUCUGGCAUCAAAUGUUGGCUAAAGACACAGCCUGUUGUUGAUGAGACAAGUCUUUGCCUUGAUUUGGAGCUACUGCAGCACCUUACAAAGAUUGUUGUGGUUGACUCUGAGAAAAAACACCAUGCUUUGUUGGAGUAUUCUGGCCAUCUGAAAUCCUCUUUGAAAUUCUCUUUGGAUUAUGCAUCAAGGCCGCUGACUGACUUUUUGCCUCACCAAAAAUUUUUGUGGAUCCUUGGUGCUUGGGAAUCAGUUGAAGGAGUGAACGAAAAAGUUUCUAGUUUUGUACUGGAGAUGUGGUUUAGAUGGCAUGCAACUCUGUGGGAGCCCUGCCCUAUGAUUGCAGAGACUCUUCAAGAUGAUGAUGGCUAUGGUAUUAUGCUACCUCAUAAGCUUUUUUGGCCCAUUAAAUUGGCUAUGGUCGAUCAGAUUCUGAAAAAUGCAAGCAUUGGAGAUUACCACAUGCAUAACUUCAAGAUUAGAUCUGCUUCACGUAAUCUUUGGCUGAGUUCUGCGAAUAUGCUUAAUUUACAUGGUUUGCUUCUCUCUGUUGCGCGGUUUUUCUUCCAGCAGAUUAUAUAUGCACACAAAAGGUCAUUUGCGGAUUCAAGAUAUGCUAAAAUCAGAUCCACAUUGCAUUCUAUCGAGGAAUCAGGGAACAGGGUAGAAAAUAUGGAGCUUCUGGUUUCGCUUCUGGCGUCAUCUAACCACCAUGUAUUUACAUCCUUGAUUGAUUCUUAUAUUAAGCCACUGCUCAGUGAAAUUUACACCACAUGCGCAUCCAAUGACAUCCUGCAUGUUGGAUGUGCACUGUUACGAAUUGGGGGGUUACGUUAUAAUCUUUUGGUCCGCUGUGUUGAUCUGGAUCCCACUUUAAAAUACUCUAUCAAGUAUUCAGAAUUAACAGAGAAGAUAGCUUCGCUUGAGAUUGAGAUUCAGGUUCGGAAAGAAUGCGUAUAUUUAGCUGGAAAUAUUCAUCAGAGAGAAGAUGAUAGUUACAAAAUAAAUUUGCUACAAAAACUUAAUGAUGAAAGGAGAACUCUGCAAAGAAAGAUGGUGUUCCGUCCCAAUCCUGAAAAAUUUAACGAGUUGAAGAGCCUGUGCGAUGAUUUUCUUAAGAUAGUUAAAGAUGUUGUUGAAUGGCUAAGUCAUGUCAAUAGCUUGAAAAUGGAAGAAGUUACAAAGGAUGUGUUCAAUUGGCAGGAGAUGACAUCACGCUUCAUUGAUCGGCUAUCAAAUGAAUACACAGCAUUCUCUGAUAUCACUGAACCUGUUCAAGUUGCAGUAUAUGAAAUGAAACUAGGCUUGUCAUUGAUUGUUUCUGGUGUACUCUGUAAAAGAUAUCUGGCAAAUGGACAGCAGGAUAUGGAAUCUAUUUUGAAUGUAAUUUAUAAUUUCACGAGAUUCCCUAGAGCCUGUGCAUCAAAUCUUGUCUCAAUCAAUGUUGGGAGGCAGCCCAAGAUUUCAACCCGUGAUAUUGAAUUGCCAAUGAGUAUUGAAGAAAUAGACAUGAAUAUGUUGCAAAAUAUAAUUGGGUUAACUGGAGCAGCUUUUUCAGCAAAAGAUGUUUCUUCUCACCCAGUGCAGGGCUCGACCUUGCCUUUUAAGGUUUCCGUCUACCACAAUGUCCUAGCUCGAAUCAAAGCAUCUGCCGCUGAUGCUCGUUUUCUAGGUGGUUCUUCAUUUGAGCGCUUGCAUGAGAUCUUUGACGAUGUUGCCAGUCUUUGGGCAAAACACCGGGUAAAACAAACGGACGAGAGUAAUGGUCAGCAGUUCAAGUUCAGAGCCCGGGCAUUUAAGAUAGAGAGCAUCAUAGAUAUUGAUAUAUCAAAUUGCGCAACAUUGCUUGCAAAUGAUAGCUUCUCUGAGUGGCAGGAAUUGCUGGCUCAAGAACUAGAUGAGAAGAUGAGAGUUAACGAGGAAGGUGGAGCUUUAGAGCAAGACUGGAAUGCUCAGGAAUCAGAUUUGGAUGGUAUUGUCAACAUUUACAAUCAGUUGUUUGGUUCAGUGGACCUUGUUCAGAGACCUGGCAGUAUUCAAGUCUCUGACGCGGAUAGACUGUCUUCCUUCCUCAACUCUUAUAUGCUUGGAGUAAAAAUGGCCCGAGACAUGAAAGGUUCGUUCGCUUCUUGUUUUGAUUCGAAGGUUGCGCCAGAGCACUUGUUCCGCCUCUCUAUGGAGCAUGAUGAUAAGUUCAUUCCUUUUGACAAAUCAACUCGUGCUUACAACUUUUACAAGGAUUCAAAUGCACCCAUCAUGUCUAAAUUGGUGGAACCAGUUGUAGUUCUUAAACAUCGCAUUCUUAUCCUCCUGAAAGAAUAUAAUGACAAUCUUGCUCUCCAGAAAAUUUCACAAGUUAUUGAUAUGAUUUUAGCUCUACCUCUUGACACUCCUCUUGGCAAGGCUGUCUCGGCUUUGGAGUUCCUGGUGGAUAGAGUUCGGAUUUUUCAAGAAAGUGUUGCCAAAUCUCCUAUCUCUGUUGAACAAUUGGAUCCUAUUCAUGCUCUGGUGUCUUCAUGGCAUAAGUUGGAAUUUGAUUCUUGGCCUGCACUGCUUGAUGGAGUUCAAUCCCAGUUCGAAAUUAAUGCGGGAAAAUUAUGGUUUCCGCUGUAUAGUGUUUUUCAACAAAGCCAUACUUCUGAUCUUGAUCAAUACGGUAGCUUAAUGAUUGAAAGUCUGGAAGAAUUUUUUAAGACAUCAAGCAUUGGAGAAUUUAAAAAGCAACUUCAGUUGCUUCUUUCUCUCCAUGGACAGAUAAGCAGUUCCAUGAAUUGGAGAUCUUAUACGAGCCCUUGCUCAGAGGAGAAUGUGAAAAUACUGUACAACACAUUUGGCUUCUAUGUUCAACUUUUUCCACGAAUUCUGGAAUAUACCGAAGCAAAUAGAAGAAGCAUCGAGAAGGAGUUGAGUGAACUUUUAAAGAUGACAAGUUGGAAUUCAAUUGUUAACUUCAAAUUAGCCAGGCCGAAACUAAGAAAGAUUGUCAGGAAGUAUACGGACUUGCUCCAACAACCUCUUGUGGAAUUCCUGGGUCAAGAAACUAAACGUACGCCGACGAAUCCCCAUUCUGUUCAAGUCCAAAAUGCCAUGAUCGAUCCUUAUGAGGUCAUUAGGACUCUCCUUGAUAUUGUCUACAAUGAAACUCAACUGAGAUCCAAGGACAGUUCUGUAUGGUUCGCUGAUUGGUGGAAGAACCUAGAGAGAGUGGGAGAGAUCGUGGAUGGCGUCAAGGAUAAUUUAACAUCACAAUCUUCAUCCCCUUUUAACUGGGAAGGGAGAAGUCAGUUGUGGUAUACAAUUGAAAAUUUAUGCAGCUCUCUAAUUUACUGUGGUGAACUUUGGGAGGAUAAAAAUAAGAAAUUGGGGAAGAGGAGGGCGUUUUCUGACCUUCUGAUGCUCCUUGAUAGUUGUGGCCUGUCUAAGCAUAGAACAUCAUCAAAGGGCGAAUCCGAAAAUUCAUGGCUUCUCCAGCCGUCCUAUGACGUGCAACACUUGCUGCUGACUCAAAGUGAUCAUUCUUCUAAAAAUGUCGAUGUUGAUUUGAGCCAGAUUCAGAGCUCGUCUCUUGAAAUGACAUGGAAAUCAGCAAACAGAUACUACUUCAAGAGCAUUGCUUCAAUUAAAUCUCUGGAGAAGAUACGUCUGAAUUUUCAUAAAGAUUUGAGUCUGAUACAGGUUAACAGGUCAGGUUCUUAUGUGGAUCAUCUUAUAGAGAUACAGCAAGAGCAAAGAGCUGUUGCCUAUGAUUUUUCAAAGAAACUCAAGUGCUUGAGGCAAAAUUUAUGGCCUCUAUCAAAUUUAGUUCAUUCUAUUGACAAGUCCACGGGAACCGACUUUGAUAGCUCUUUAGUCAAGAACCAACACGCCACUUUCAAAUGCAUGUGGCAACAGAAGCAAAUUUUUGACGGUUUCUGCACUUUGCUGUAUGAAGAACAUAUGUUGCUACAAAAAGUACAGAACAAUCAUCUGGGUACUUGUGCUACUAUUAGAGUUGGUGCAGAAAAGAUUCGCAUACUUAUUCAAAAAGCUCUUCCCCAAUUUCAGAAGUCUAAGAAUCUGCUCGAUUUCCACCUCCUUGGAAAUCAUGAAGAUAUUACUAUGGUGGGAAUUGCUCUGCACCCGUUUGGUGUUACAAAAGAAAUGGAACAGCUGGUGAGUCAGAACUUUGAGCUGAUUAAGACAUCUGAGAGGAAUCUCUCUGAUUUUAUCGAGCAAGAAGAUGAGCAGAGCGCUGUUGAACAAAUCCUGCUUGGACAUUUUAAAGAUUUAUUUGCAAAGGCUUGGGAUGCUGAAAAAUUGUAUUCUUCUUCGCAAGAAAAAAAGUUCUCAGAUAAUGCGAAUGGAAAAAAUAUGAGUGAACUCGAAUCUGAUUUUGAUGUUGCCCUUAAGCAAAUGUACAAGGACAUUGUGGAUAUAUUUCGGAGUGUUGGGUCUUCAAAUCAUAAGUUUGCUCUUACUGAAGAGAUGUUAAAAAAUAUGACGGAGUGGAAGAUUCUAUUUGAAAAUGAUACCGAGCAUCUGCAGUUGGACCUCAUCUGUGAGGAUGUGCUGAGAACAAUCCAGUCUGCCGGUGAACUACUCAACUAUUGUGGAGACAGAAACCCUCGCGUCAGUUCUUCUGUAUUUGAACAAUUGAGAAAUGUACAUCUCCUAUUGGAUACGAUACUAGCCUUUGGUGAUAAUCUUCUGCAGGAUUUUCUGGUCAUCCAUAGUAUGGUAUCUAAGGUGACUUACGCACUUGCAAACAUAUUUGCUUCAUUAUUUUCCAAAGGAUUUGGUACUGCUGAAAAUCAAGAAAAUGAUACUGAGGAAGAUGGAACUCAAGAUGCACACGGAACAGGUAUGGGUGAAGGUGCAGGGGUAAAUGAUGUCAGUAAUCAAAUCGAAGACGAAGAUCAACUCCUUGGACUAUCCGAAGCGCCAAAUGAAAAGCGUGACGAGUCUAACUUGCCGAGUGAAACCGAGAAAGGAAUAGAGAUGGAACAGGACUUUGAUGGAGAUGCAUUCAGUGUUAGUGAGGAUUCAGAAAAUGAUGAUAACGAAGAUGAUAAUGAGGAUGAGCCGAAACUGGAGUCUGCCAUGGGGGAAGUAGGUGAUAACAGCGAUGUUGUUGAUGAGAAACUUGGGGGCACAAAUGAUGAAGAUAAUCCGAAAGAAAACGAGAAGUACGAAAACGGGCCUUCGGUUAAAGAUAAAUCAUCCGAAGAUGACGAGCUUCGAGCUAAUGAAGGCUCUGCUGCUGCUGAAGAGAAUGGUGGAGAUCUUGAUGCAAAAGAAUCUAACGAAAAUGGUGAUGAUGAAAAUGGUAAUGAAGAAGGUGAUGAAAAUGGUGAUGAAGAAGGCGCAGAGGAUAUGAACAUAGACAAAGACGAUGCGUGUGUAGAUCCUUCUGGAGUAGAUCCUGAGUGCGAAAACGAGAGCUCCGAGAAAGACACACAGGUCGAUGAAAUGGAAGCUACUGAGCCAAUGGAAGAUGGUGAAACGGAAGAUAUGGAUGAUGAUUCCGAUUUAAAUAACGAUGACAAGGACAAUGAAGUUGAGGAAGAGGCAAACUCGGAGCAUUCUGCAGAUGAUGCCGAAGCAGCCAAUGCUGAUGGGAAUUCCUUAGAAAACGAUAAAGAGGCGGAUUUUAAGAUCCCCAAGCAAGAUUUUGCGCAAACAACUCCGAAUAAUAACACUGCUCAAUCUGCGGGGCAGUCUGUCCAAAACUUAUCCGAUGCAGCUGAUACGCGAGAACUUGCACCAGAUGACAAAAAUUCGAAUUUCGGUGAAUCUGAAAACAAUCUCGCUCCAACAAGUGGCCAGCCUAAUGGCUCUGAGCUUGAAAUCACGGUCGCUGACUCAGCGAAUGGCCAAAGAUUGAGCGAUGAGCAGUAUAGAAGUUCUCAAACUGAUUCGGACUCACUUAAUCAGAAAGUUCAGCCGAACCCUUAUCGCAGCAUCGGUGAUGCUCUUGAGGGAUGGAAAGAGAGAGUCAAAGUCUCGGUUGAUCUUGAGGCCCAAAAAGACGACUCAAACGAUUUGACGGAGGAGAAAAAUGCAGAUGAGUAUGGCUACAGUGCUGAGUUUAAGGAGGGUACAGCUCAAGCACUUGGACCUGCCACAGCUGAACAAACUAUGAAAAAUAUUUCCCAAGAUGACAAUGAAAGGGAUGUAGGAAACACGGACGACAUAAGAGAACCCACCACAGCUGAAACCGAGAUUCAGACAACAUCUGAAGCUGGUCCAAUCAGAAACUCCGCUCCAAAUCCAGUAAAUGAUGGUCAAAACAUGCAAGGGAUAUUGGAUUUGGAAAUGGAAAUUGAAGAGCCUAUGGAAGUUGAUGGAGAACGUGAUUUAGAUAUGAGUAGCUUGUCGGAUAGUUUGGUAACUGUAAAUAGGUCGUUCAUGAGUGAGGACAUGCGUCAGACUAGCAGGUUCCCGAUGAACGAUGAUGAUGAUGAACUCGGUCAUGCUAAUAAUGGCUCUGAGCCCUCCAAUGAUGUAAGAGAUGAUGCUGCAGCUCUUUGGAGAAGAUACGAAUUGGGUACGGCAAGAUUGUCUCAAGAAUUGGCGGAACAGUUGCGUCUGGUUAUGGAACCAAAUUUAGCUAGUAAGCUCCAAGGCGAUUACAAGACUGGUAAAAGGAUUAAUAUGAAGAAGGUGAUUCCAUAUGUUGCCAGCCAGUAUCGGAAAGACAAGUUUUGGCUGAGGCGGACCCGUCCGAGCAAGCGUGAUUACCAAGUUGUUAUCGCGGUCGACGAUUCUCGCAGUAUGUCGGAAGGGCGUUGUGGUAAUUUCGCCAUGGAAGCGUUAGUGACUGUCUGCCGAGCAAUGUCCCAAUUGGAAGUGGGGAAUCUGGCAGUUGCGAGUUACGGGAAGCAGGGCAAUAUACGAUUGCUUCAUGAUUUCGACCAACCGUUCACUCCCGAAACUGGAAUCAAGAUGAUCUCGAGUUUCACCUUUAAGCAAGAGAACACAAUCAAAGAUGAACCAAUGGUUGACCUACUGAAAUAUUUGAACACCAUGCUUGAUGGGGCUGUAAUGAAGGCUCGGUUACCAUCUGGGUCCAAUCCUCUACAGCAGCUUGUACUAAUUAUAGCCGAUGGCCGUUUUAAUGAAAAGGAAAAAUUGAGACGGUAUGUGAGGGAUGUCUUAAGUAAGAAGCGUAUGGUUGCAUUUCUGCUACUAGACAGCCCGAACGAUCCCAUCAGAGAUCACGAGGAGGCGACUGUUGAUAUGAAGACUCUUGAUAUAAAGAUUGGUAAAUAUCUCGACUCUUUUCCAUUCCCAUACUACGUCAUUCUGAAGAAUAUCGAAGCACUUCCCAGAACUCUAGCUGAUCUUUUAAGACAAUGGUUUGAGCUAAUGCAGAGCUCAGGGGAGUGAUGAGGAAAAAGUCGAAGAUUGUUUUACGCCUUUUCUUGAUCAGCAAGAAACAGGGUAGACAAAUUUUGUAGUUGAUUUGAUAGGCAAAAGGUGGUAAUUAAACCAUCUGUCUUAGUAAGAAUUCUUGAAUCAUGUACAUAUUUACGUACUAUUGAAUGCCCAUCAUAUAUCUAUUUUUCGGGGUCAAUCUUUACAGCGAAAUCGAUUAUAAUUAAU